AUGAUGAUGAUGAUGAUGAUGAUGAUGAUGUCAGGUGGAAGAUGGGACGAUUACGCCUCAACGGCGGAUGAUACUCAAAGCGUGACCUCUAAAGGGACCACCGAAAUGAUGACGCAGGUACACGUUGUGAGAACACAAAUCGAAAGAAUGGAAAAUAGGCCCGUACCUCCGCCUCCCCCGAUCUCACCGCCGCAGCCUCCCAGUCCAAGAGGUGGAAGUAUUUACAGUAACAGUCAAUCAGGUGUACCGCAACCACGUUCUCCACCGGCGCCUGUGGAACCUAAAAACCGAGAUAACUUCCGCACUUCACCUGACUCCGAUACCCACGACCACUUCUCGAAAAACCAGAACAUGUUUAGCCAAAGCCGAGACAUUUUUGCGUCUCAAAAACACUUGCGUGAAGGCCAAGACCGAGAUCAAAAUUCAAAAGACUAUUACAGCAAAGACAGCACCGAUAUCGGAAGCACCACUCACGGAGACUUUGAUUCUCGCCGUGAUGCAAGCUCAGACAUUUUUGAUCCAAAAUACUCCCGUGAUUUGUACGAAAAUUCCAAGAGAGAUUCCUUCGGAAUGAUGAGAGACUUAUCGCCAAAAUCUCGCGAUAGUUUUGGACUACCCUCGACUCGUGAAUUCGGAGUUGUGCCCAAUACAAGAGAGUCUUUCGUGGUCGCAAGACAGAGCUUCAAAAAAUUGGACCAUGAUAUGGAGCGACGGUCCAGCAUUGCUUCGACACACCAAACCGAUAAAUUGGAGAGGAUUGAGAUUGAAGAGUGGCCAGAAUUCCUCAAACCUGUUUUGCCGCCGCCAGAAAAACCAGAGAUUGAGAAAGCUCAGGAGAUCGUUGAUACGAAACUUCAUCCACCUACUUCGAACACACACUUCACUUAUAAUCGAGUCGCUUGGACUCUGAGAGUGAAAAAAGAAGUUUUUGCUCCCAAUGAAACACUUUCAAGUCCUCUGGCGCUUCAUUUGGUGUUUUGUCAAGUUGCUUAUGAUGUUCUGGCGUCGAAUCACAUGAGAAUUACUAAAGAUGAGCGCCACAAUAUGCUUAAGCUACUUGAUAACUACGGAAUAACUUUGGAAAACCUUCAAAGUACGCAGCAUAAAAUUACGAUGAAGAAAAAUGUCGUUGAUAUGGCUAAACAAUGGCCUCUGUAUUUCGCUAGAAUCUUUCCUGUGUCGAUUGGACCACAACAUCCAGAAGCUCAACACAUCGCAGUGUCUCAUCACGGCCUAAGACUAAUAAAACGAUCAUCAAAUGGGGAAUUAAUGAUUAUCGAAACUCUUCCCCUUGAAGAUAUCGUUUCAGUUGGGUCUGCCAGAGCAAACGUGUGUACUUUAACGAUAUCAUCGGGAGUUCGUCUUCCUCUUCACACAACUCGUGCACCGCAGCUGGCUGAAAUGAUCAGUAAUUUCAUUCGUGUGUACAAGCUUUUACGGAUGAACGAUUCCCAACGGCCUUAUCUUCUAGCCGGAAGGUUUCGUCAUGACAAUCGACACUUAUUACCAGUAAUUGAAAAUAAAUAUGCAAGUACAACUAUGGAAAUACGUAAAUUACUAUUGCGGAGUAUUCUAGUCUCGAGACACAAAUUUUAG